AGCACCUUUCGUUCGCAGGUGCUCUUGUUCGCGCGAGAGUAGACGGCGAGUUAAUCACGCUUCUCAGGUCAUGGAAGCUCCGUCUUCCUCACAGGACUGUGAAGACCCCCCCCCCCCCCGAUGGCUCUACUUCCUCCUCCGUGAAGUGGGAACAGCAGAAGACCCACCUUCUGGGGUGAGAGUUACCUGAGAAAAGGUCUGUGGAUCAUUCAGCCCCAUGGCUAGGUGUGAGGACCGAGGUUUGUGUUGCCAGGGCCACGGAAGGGGCUUAUUUAUGAGGUUGAACCCCUCCUGCCCACUGCCUGCUGAAGGGAUGCUCUUCCCUCCUUCCCUCGAACUUUGGGUCCCUGAGGGGCUUUACUCCCCUCCUGGAGAGUGAGGCCAUCUGGCCCGGGGCCGGGGAGCCCGGUGGCUGACCCAGCAGGACGCGGCGCGGUGCGCCUAGGCUCAGAUGCCGGAUUGGGCAAGAGCACAGAAGCGACCCCUCUGAUCCUGGUCAGGGAUAUCUGCCCAACAAUUCUGGGAAAUGCAGAGGCGGGAAGUGAAAGGGGGGAGGGGCAGAGGGGGGAAGAGCCAACUGCACCCCGGCCCCUCCUGGCCUGGCCCCCUCCCAAAUGUGCCAUGAGGGAGUGAGGUGACUUGCUUGUGGGGGGAAAGCGGACAGACCAAAGAGACCCCUUCUCUGUGAGGGACAGAGACAGUCCUGCCCCCCGCCCCCAUCACGCUCUGCCUGAGUUCCAGCCACUUCUGUUUACCGUCCAAAGUCCCAGGGGCAGGAGAUGCCAGGUUAGAAGCACUUGGACACUCAGACACACGGGUUCAGGGCCCUCGCCUGGACUGGCCCCCUCCCCUUCCCUCCUUUCCUCUGUGAACACCACCUGCUCCACUUCUCCAGGCUCAAGCCCCUCCUUCACCCUGGGGCCUGGGCUGCCUGGGAGACUGGAGAGUCAGCCCUCCAAACCUGUAGCAGAUCCAACCCAAACUGCUGCCUCGACCUACUAUCAGCCUCCGCCUGAAUUAGCAUCUUAGCACAGCAUCAACCCCGAGCUCAGCCCCAGCCCCAGCCCCAGCCCGGGUCCAGCCACAGCCCAGGACCCAGCAUGGCGAGGGACUUUCAGGACAUCCAGCAGCUGGACUCUGAGGAGAACGACCACCAGCUUUGCAGAGGGACGCCUCCUCCCCAGCCCUUUGUCCUGCAGCGUCUCUGCUCCAAGCUCCGCCUCAGUCUGCUUGUCCUGGGCUUCAACAUCCUGCUGCUGGUGGCUGUCUGUGUGAUGGGGUCCCACAGAGCACAGCUGCAAGUGGAGCUGCAGACCCUAAAGGAAACUUUCAGCAACUUCUCCUCGAGCACCUUGAUGGAGAUCCUGGCUCUAAGCUCCCAUGGAGGCAGCGCCGCCGGUGACAAGGUGACAUCUCUGGAAGCCAAGCUGGAAAAACAGCAACAAGACCUGAAAGCAGAUCAUGCCACUUUGCUGCUUCAUCUGAAGCACUUCCCGGUGGAUAUGCGCACGCUGGCUUGUCAGCUGGCGUUCCUCCAGAGUAACGGCACAGAAUGCUGCCCGGUGAGCUGGGUGGACUAUGAAGGCAGCUGCUAACUGGUUCUCUCGCUCCGGAAGCCCUGGCCCGAGGCUGAGAAGUACUGCAGCUGGAGGACCCACCUGGUGGUCAUCAACUCCAGAGAGGAACAGAAAUUCAUUGCACAACACACGAACCCCUUUCAAACCUGGAUAGGCCUCACUGACAGUGAUGGCUCCUGGAGAUGGGUGGAUGGUACAGACUAUAGGCACAAUUAUAAGAACUGGGCUGCCACUCAGCCAGAUGACUGGCAGGGGCACGAGCUGGGGGGCAGCGAGGACUGUGCUGAGAUCCGGGGGGACGGCCGCUGGAACGACGAUUUCUGCCAGCAAGUGAAACGCUGGGUGUGUGAGAUAAAGCGGAACAUCACCAUCUAGGUGUCCUGACCUCCAGCAGACCUCUGACCUCCAGCAGACCUCUGACGUGCACCCCACCUGCCUCCAAGUCGUCCACUGGGCAUUUCGAAGAAAGGAAGAAGAGAGUCCUCAGUGGCGUGGGGAGGGGUUGAGGAGACAUAGAAGGGGGUGGUUGAAGAAGCUUAGACCCUGGGGAGACUGAGAUCCCGCCUCCUUCUGAAAGUCACUGUAAUUACUAUUAUAAUUUUCGGCCUCCUCAGUGGAGUAGGAAAAAGACAGAUACUUGAAACUCUGCGUGGAUUGGUUAUUUGGAACUGGGAAGUGUAGGAUACAAAGAAGACGGAGGGAGAGGGUCUGGAGGAGAGAAAGCUUAAGUGCUAGACGGCUGUGCUUGACACCUAAUCUUGAAGACACGGGUCAGGGAAGGGAGGGAAGAGGAUUGAAACAGAGGAAGGCCCCGUGGAAGGCACUGGUGGGGGCCGGGAACUGGAUGGGCUGGGGCUGGAGGGUCUGCCCACACCCUGAGGGGUUCCCUGCAGUUGGGAUCCCCUCCAGAAGAGGUUCCAGGAAACACCCCUGCUCCACUGUCAGCCUGGGAACUGUGAACUGGGCUGGCGAAGGUCAGUGACAAAGGUGUGCUAAGAGAAGGAGGAUUGGUAUGACCCCAGACAGACCUAGACGUGUCUCCAGCACAUGGUGUCUCCAACAGUCUCCACAGUGGGUAAACUGCACCUUCCAAGAUCAUUCUGAAACUGACCUUAAAAGAGUCUGUAAUCAAUUAGAUUUUUUGGUUUUAUUUUUAUUACAAAAGUAAUAUAUACUAGUAGUUAAAAAUGUUUCAAACACACACACACACACACACACAGGGAGUCUCCUCCCCUCACCCUUCCCACUUCUCUGCAGAGUUAACAAUUUCAUCGAUAUUGUAUUAGUCAAGGGUCUCCAAAGAAACAGAACCAAUAGGAUGUAUAUGUACCAAUAGGAGAUAUAUUGGCUCAUGUGAUUAUGUAGGCUGACAACUCCCGAGUUCUGCAGGUGAGCUGAAGAGCCCCAAGGUUCCCGUCUGAGUCUGAAGGCUCAAGACCCAGGAAGAGCCAAUGUUUCCAUGUGCCAGUUUGGAGAGGGUUAGGCAGGAAGAACUCUCUCUUACUCAUGAGAGGACUCAGCCUUCUUGUUCUAUUCUUGGCUUCAACUGAUGGGGUGAGGCCCACCCGCAUUAGGGAGGGCAAUCUGCUUUCCCAAUUCAAAUGUUCGUCUCAUCCAAAACACUCUCACAGACACACUCAGAAUAAUGUUGGACCAACUAUCUGGGCACCCUGCGCCCCAGUCAAGUUGACACAUAAAAAUGAACCAUUACAGGGUUCCUGUCAGGAUGUUUCCUGUGUAUGUGCAUAUAUGUGAUACUACAUGUCAUUAAGUAGCUUGUUUUUUCACUCUCCAGUGUCAUUGAUCCAAUCUAUGCUAUUUCCUGAGAGGUUUUACUUCACUGAAUUUAGCAGGGGUAGAGAAUUCCAAAGUAUGGAUGUGCCAUAUAUUAUUUAAUCAUUCUCUGUGGUGGGUGAGUAAUUGCUAUUUUUGUUUGUUUUCACAUACACUGUUUCAAGCAAUUUUUGCUUCUAAGCUUGUGCUGGGUCAAGACUUCCCAGUUUUUAGCUGCAAAUUUUUCUAGGACUUUUCCUUCAAAAUGUAUGUAAUUGGCAUUAAAUUAAAAAAUUAUGACAGAAAUAAUACAUACAAUUUAAAGUCUUGUAGGGAUAGAAGCAGUUACAGGAACUGUUUCCUUCAGCCACUCCUGCUGCUUAGAGAAACCACUUUUAGUGUUUUAGCUGUUUCCCUUAAUGUUGACAUUUGUACUUCUAAAUAAUAUGCACAAACUGAUAUCUCUUUAUCAGUUGUAGACAUUAUUUAGUCACUUUUUAUCACGUAGAUGGGCACAAUUUUCCAAUUUAGUCUAUAACAAUUUUUGCUUAAAUCCUAAUUCAGAAUCUGUGUCGGUUAUGGCUGUGUCAAUAUUGUUAACUGCUGAACCAAGUAGUAUAAUCUGAUUACAUUCCCUUUCUUGCACAACUUUUGUUUCUUCUGAAGUUAAUAGUUGAAAAAUUUGCUUCAUAUUCUUCGAACCAAUUGCAGAGUCUUCCUUAACUGUAAAAAGGCUGACAACAUAAUUUUCUGCACGUGCAAACUGGUCACAUAGCCAACACUUCAGUUUUAGUUUUUUCCUAGAGCCAUCAGGGUGAAUCCAAGUUUUAUGGGGCCUGAAAUGUACACAAUUUUGGAGAGGCCUCCUUAGGAAAAAAUACAAAAUUAUGAAUACAAAAUUAAGCAUAAAAAUUACUAUUUACUUAAGUUAGAAAAAAAAAG